UUGUUUCAAAACAUGGCGGCCUCCAUGUGAAUGUCAUGCCAUGUUAAAUCCUACGUCUUAAUGAUCAAAUGCAAGCAGUUUGUUUAGAUUUUGUAACAUUAGAAGUAAAUUUUAUCUUCCUGUUUAUUUGCUUCAUCUGUCCGAUUUUAUGUGGAAUUAUUAAAACCCGGAUUUCAAAGCUUCCGUAGAUCUGGCGUGCAGGCUGCUUGUUUCCACAUUAGCAGACCAGUGAAUCGCCACCGAGGAGAAUUACGAUGGAUCCUGACACGCAGCUUAGAAACCUGCGGGAUUUCCUGCUGGUUUACAACCGCAUGACUGAGAUCUGCUUCCAGCGCUGCACAAGCAACUUCAACUACAGAAACCUCACAAUGGAUGAGGAGAGGUGCGUUGACAGCUGUGCUGGGAAGCUGAUCCGCACAAACCAUCGCUUGAUGGGCACCUAUGUGCAGCUGAUGCCUCGGAUGGUACAGCGGAGGAUGGAGGAGAUGGAGAGCAAGGCUGCAGAGAUGGCAAAGGCAACCGAGGCUGCUUCUGCAUCUGAGACCAUUGGAACUGCUCCA